AUGAAGAUCUCUACAACAAACAUCUGCCGUAUCGCCUCUCUGCUGGCGCAGGGUGUUCAAUGUAGCGCCUCGCCCGCCUCUUCUUGGGAUGCCUGCGCCAGUCUGUCCUGGGCGCUCCCCGGCAAGGUUUCAUACCGCAAUUCGUCAGCGUUCGCCCUGUCCAACGACUACUGGUCUGCACGACAGACCGAUGUGCCGCCGGAAUGUUUUGCAUACCCUGAGAGCACCGGCGACAUUUCCGUCAUGGUAAAGCUCCUGACCUCCCUAUCGGCCUCUUUCACCGUCAAGAGUGGCGGUCACACUGCUCACCUGGGCUCGAACCUCCCCGGCGGCGUCACAAUCGACCUCGCGCGCCUUAGCCAGGUGAAAGUCUCGGCCGACCGGGAAACAACCUCGAUCGGCUCAGGUGCUCGCUGGGUGCAAGUCGCUGCAACCCUUGACCCGAUGGGGCUUGCCGUCGUCGGCGGGCGCAUGGGCGACGUUGGAGUGUCUGGCCUCAUCCUCGGCGGUGGAUUGUCUUACUUUUCGGGCGACCGUGGUUGGGCAUGCGACAAUGUUCGUACUUACGAGGUGGUCUUGGUCUCUGGUGAGGUGGUGGAAGCCACGCCCGAGCAGAACCCUGACCUCUACUGGGCGUUGCGCGGUGGUGGAGGUUCCAGCUUCGGCAUUGUCUCCCGCUUCGACCUCGUCACCUUUCCCCAAGGUGACCUCUGGAGUCUCCAGCAAUACCAUCCGCCCGCGGUCCGAGCCGAUCUCUUCUCGGCAUAUGUGGAUCUUACCGUGAGCGGUCUUAACUCAGACCCAGAUGCGCACAACUUCUUGGUUUUUGCCGACAGCCCACUCAUUGGCACCGAGCUUGCCAUAAACUACAUGUACCAUGCCACACCUCCGGCAACCAGCGGCGCCAUCCCUCCCGUGUUUGCCAAAACCGCCGCCGUUUCGAACGCGCUCAUAAACACGACACUGGUCGGAAACCUCUCGGCCAUCUACGCCUCUCUAUCCGGCGACCCCAAUGGAAGCCGCAGGGCCUGGACCAACGUCGCCGUGCACCUCAAGGAAGGAUCCGAGCAGCUGCUCGAAGAUGUUUAUACGAUCACGCAGGGCCAUCGUUCGCGCGUCAAGGCUCUGGCCACCCAGACCAACGACACCUCCGCCUGGGUCCUGUUCGGGCUGCAUCCAAUCACCACCGACUUGCUCGAGGCCAUGCAGAAGAAUGGCGGCAACGCCCUGGGCCUGCGUCCUGAGGAUGGACCCCUGACCCUUGUUCAAAUCAACACCAUCUGGGCGCACUCUGACCUCGACGAGCGCAUACUGGCAAGCGCCGACCAGGCGAUCGCUGAGGUUCGCACCCUCGCCACCGAGAGGGGCGCCAUGGCUGACUUUAUCUACAUGAACUAUGCCGCGCAGAGCCAAGACGUCUUUGCCGGCUACGGCAAGGCGAACGAGGAGCGGCUGACCAAGGUUGCGCAGAAGUACGACCCCAACGGCACUCUGAAGAAGCUGUGGAAGGGCUAUUUCCAAGUAUGA